AAGAAUCCACCGGGACCACUCCUCCGGCUGCCUCUCCGGAAUGAGGCUUCAGCGCCCGCGCGGGACAGCCCCCUUACUCAUCCGAGAGAGCCCAAGGAGAGGCCGAAGCCGAGAAAGAUGCCUGGGAAGCUGAAGGUGAAAAUCGUGGCCGGGCGCCAUUUGCCAGUGAUGGACCGAGCUAGUGACCUGACUGAUGCCUUCGUGGAGGUAAAAUUUGGUAAUACCACCUUUAAAACAGAUGUGUAUCUCAAGUCCCUCAACCCUCAGUGGAACUCAGAAUGGUUUAAAUUUGAGGUGGACGAUGAAGAUUUACAAGAUGAACCUCUACAGAUCACAGUUCUUGACCAUGACACAUACAGUGCAAAUGAUGCCAUUGGUAAAGUGUACAUUGAUAUUGACCCUUUACUCUACAGUGAAGCUGCAACAGUCAUCUCAGGGUGGUUUCCAAUUUAUGAUACCAUACAUGGUAUCCGUGGGGAAAUCAAUGUAGUUGUAAAAGUAGACCUCUUCAAUGAUUUAAAUCGAUUUAGGCAGUCAUCAUGUGGAGUCAAAUUCUUUUGCACAACAUCUAUUCCAAAGUGCUAUAGAGCUGUAAUAAUUCAUGGGUUUGUAGAAGAGCUUGUAGUCAAUGAAGACCCAGAAUAUCAAUGGAUUGAUCGAAUUCGUACACCAAGGGCAUCAAAUGAGGCCAGACAGAGACUCAUUUCUUUAAUGUCAGGUGAACUGCAGAGGAAGAUUGGCUUGAAAGUACUUGAAAUGAGAGGAAAUGCAGUUGUUGGGUACUUACAAUGUUUUGAUCUGGAAGGCGAAUCUGGGUUAGUGGUACGCGCCAUAGGAACAGCAUGUACACUGGAUAAACUAAGUAGCCCGGCAGCAUUCCUUCCUGCAUGUAAUUCCCCAUCCAAAGAAAUGAAGGAGAUUCCCUUCAAUGAAGAUCCCAAUCCCAAUACUCACUCAUCAGGACCCUCAACCCCUCUGAAAAACCAAACUUAUUCCUUUUCACCUUCCAAGUCCUACAGUCGACAGUCCUCUUCUUCUGACACAGAUUUGAGUUUGACACCCAAAACUGGAAUGGGAAGUGGUAGUGCUGGAAAAGAAGGGGGGCCGUUUAAAGCUCUUUUAAGACAACAGACUCAGUCAGCACUGGAACAAAGGGAAUUUCCAUUUUUUACCUUGACGGCAUUCCCUCCUGGAUUUCUCGUGCAUGUUGGGGGUGUUGUUAGUGCACGUUCUGUGAAGCUUUUGGACCGCAUCCACAAUCCUGAUGAACCAGAAACUCGAGAUGCGUGGUGGGCAGAAAUCAGACAAGAAAUAAAAUCACAUGCUAAAGCAUUAGGCUGUCAUGCUGUAGUGGGCUACAGUGAAUCAACUAGCAUCUGUGAAGAGGUCUGUAUUUUAUCUGCAUCCGGCACGGCAGCUGUACUGAACCCUAGAUUUCUGCAGGAUGGCACCGUGGAGGGCUGUUUGGAACAGAGGCUAGAAGAAAAUUUGCCUGUAGGUUGUGGAUUUUGCCACAUACCAUAUGACGAACUGAAUAUGCCAUUUCCAGCUCAUCUCACAUACUGCUAUAACUGCAGGAAACAGAAAGUUCCUGAUGUUCUCUUUACAACUAUUGACCUCCCAACAGAUGCAACAGUUAUUGGAAAAGGUUGUCUUAUUCAAGCAAGGUUAUGUCGUUUAAAAAAGAAAGCACAGGCAGAAGCAAAUGCCACAGCUAUCAGUAAUCUGUUGCCAUUUAUGGAAUAUGAAGUACAUACUCAGCUAAUGAAUAAACUAAAACUGAAAGGAAUGAAUGCUUUAUUUGGACUGAGAAUUCAGAUCACAGUGGGUGAAAAUAUGUUGAUGGGCUUAGCGUCGGCCACAGGUGUGUAUUUAGCUGCUUUACCAACGCCCGGUGGUAUUCAGAUUGCUGGGAAGACUCCUAAUGAUGGCUCCUACGAACAGCACAUAUCUCAUAUGCAAAAGAAGAUAAAUGACACAAUUGCUAAGAAUAAAGAAUUAUAUGAAAUUAAUCCUCCGGAGAUAUCCGAAGAGAUUAUAGGGUCACCCAUCCCGGAACCUAGACAGCGCUCAAGACUUUUAAGAUCUCAGUCAGAAAGCUCUGAUGAAGUUACAGAAUUGGACCUUUCACAUGGGAAAAAAGAUGCUUUUGUUUUGGAGAUUGAUGACACAGAUGCUAUGGAAGAUGUACAUUCUCUGCUUACUGAUGUUCCUCCCCCUUCAGGCUUUUAUAGUUGUAAUACAGAAAUUAUGCCUGGUAUAAACAAUUGGACAUCAGAAAUACAGAUGUUCACAUCAGUAAGAGUAAUCCGAUUAAGCAGCCUUAACCUGACUAAUCAAGCCCUUAAUAAGAACUUUAAUGAUCUCUGUGAAAAUUUGCUCAAGAGCCUGUAUUUUAAACUACGGUCUAUGAUCCCCUGCUGCCUUUGCCAUGUAAAUUUUACAGUAUCUCUGCCUGAAGAUGAAUUAAUACAGGUUACAGUCACAGCAGUUGCAAUAACUUUUGACAAAAAUCAGGCUUUACAGACCACAAAAACACAUGUUGAAAAGUCAUUGCAAAGAGCCUCUACAGAUAAUGAAGAACUUCUGCAGUUUCCACUGGAGCUCUGUUCAGAUUCGCUUCCUUCUCAUCCUUUUCCACCAGCUAAAGAACACCUGGAGAGUGCAAGUUCUAACUCAGGUAUACCAGCUGCACAGAGAGCAACGUCAGUUGAUUACAGUUCCUUUGCAGACAGAUGCAGCAGCUGGAUAGAGCUCAUUAAACUGAAAGCUCAGACCAUAAGGCGCGGAUCAAUUAAGACAACUGUCACCGUUGAAAAAGCAAGUCCGAUGGGUGAAGGAAAUUUCCGGAACCGUUCUGCUCCACCUUGUGCAAAUUCUACAGUUGGAGUUGUUAAGAUGACACCUCUUUCUUUCAUUCCUGGAGCAAAAAUAACCAAAUAUCUUGGGAUAAUUAACAUGUUUUUUAUCCGGGAAACCACUUCUCUUCGUGAGGAAGGAGGAGUCAGUGGUUUUCUCCAUGCUUUCAUUGCUGAAGUGUUUGCAAUGGUGAGAGCUCAUGUCGCUGCAUUAGGAGGCAAUGCUGUUGUCUCCUACAUAAUGAAGCAGUGUGUCUUCAUGGAGAACCCAAAUAAAAACCAGGCACAGUGUCUUAUAAAUGUAAGUGGUGAUGCAGUGGUUUUUGUUCGUGAAUCCGAGUUAGAAGUGGUAUCAACCCAGCAGCCUACCGCCAACUGCCAGCCAUCAUGUACUGGAGGAGAAGUUACCACCUGAAGUAAAUUAGAAAGAGUUCAACUAAAUGAAAUUCAUCUGUCUCCAUUGUUUUGUCUUUAAUUAUCUUACUGGACUUUUAAAAGUGAACUUAAUUUCAGAUCAUUAAGAGAGAAUUGGUACAUUUUGAGUAGAUUUGAUUUGUCUCUAAUCUCUUGGAGGCAUGAGAAUUUUUAAACCAUGGUGUUUUGUUUGCCAAGCCACGCCCCAUGAAAUCUUGACCCUUCACUAAGUUCAGAUAGAUUUCUCAGAGAACUGUAGCAGAGAUGGAAGCUGUCUGUAAUUUAUGUUGACUUUAAUAAAAUCAUACUUUGAAACACAAAAUGGUGAGAUUAUCAAGAAAUUAUAAUAACUACCCUGGUGUAAUUGAGAGAAACUAAGCAAGAAAUUUAUAAAUUGUUAAUGAAUAAAUAAUCUGAUUUGAGGAAUGUGUGGGAAAAUGGAGAAAAGUUUUGAGAAAUCUAUGUGUGUUUCUUAAUGCGUUUUAUUUUGAUAACUGAGUUUGGAAUUUGGUAACAACUGAAGGGGAAGAGUGCUUCAGCCAUCUUUUAAAAAGUUAAAAUUACUGUAACUUGGAUCCAUAUUGUGUCCUAACUGCUGUAAAAGAAAAUGUAAUUUAUUAGAACGAGUGUCCUUCCAUUGAAAGUUUUAAUAAUGUUUGUAAGGAGGGAGGAAGAAAUUAACUACAUAACUUUACAACUGGCCAAAUUUUGUUAGUGUUUUUGUUAGUGUUUAAUUUGUCUAGAAGAGGCUUGGCUUCAACUGGGAAGAAAAAGGUCAGUGAGUUUUGUUGAAAUAGUUAAAAUAUAAUUGACCUAGUAGGAGUAUAAAAUUAUUUUUAAUAGAAUCAUACUGCACUCCUACCAAAUAAACAGAAUUAUAUCUUAGGCAUUUUUGAUGGUAAGUUAGAUUGUAUUUGGCAUAGAAUUUGGAGAUGUAACUUGAAUGUAAAUAUGCUGCAGAGUGUUGAAUGUAUACGUAGAAACACCUUUUCUGUCAAUGCCAAAUACCUAGUGCAAAUGAACCUUAAAAAGUACAUUCCUCCUUUGCACAAUAAAAUUUCUGUAUAAAACUCAUGAUUUUGCUCUUUCAGGAUAACAAACUACCCUAAAAAUUAGGAAUCAAUUCCUUGUUAUCACAGGUGUCAAUAUUUUUCUGUAUUUUGUUUAUAAUUUUAUUUUUUAAAUAAAAAGUUUAUAAACUGGAA